AUGAGGAUAUUCAGGAUUCCAGCCAAUGGCACACAUGGUCUGACUCCCACCAUUGGGCGUACACCAGCCAGCAUGACCGUCAAAAUCAAUAUCAGUAUGGUUCCGGGAAAGGCUCUUUGCGAAAUCAGCAGAACAAGUCAUGGGCAAAGGGCUGGUCCAAAGGGAAGCACAAAACCAAAUCUAAGAUCAGGAAGCCAGCAUGGGCAUAUCAACAUUGGAGGGAUCGCCAGAUGGUGGCCGGAAAGGCAGCCAACAAAGGUAAAAGGGAUGACUAUGGGGGCAUCUACACAGAAGAUGGUUAUCGUGAUCAUGAUGGUAACGAAUGGGAGUGUGGCAUGGGCAGAGCACGGAAGAGGAGUCGCGGUUCUGGCUCGCGUGAGAAAUUGGAGCUGCGUUCCUCUGCGGCUUCAUCCACUGGUGAGGCAGUGUCCCAGCAGGAGCGCUUGCUGGCAUGGAGCUCCAUACAGCAGCUGCUGGGAAAGAUGUAGAUCCUAG